AUGGAGGCCGACAGACAUCUCAUAGCCAGCUCAGUCACAGCUGUAUUCCGCAUUGUGUGGUUCCCUAAGGCUUUGCCCCAAAAGCUUCAUGAUAUACAAGGAGAGGGGACGCGAGGCAAACAUGCAUACAGACAAACACACCGCGCCGGUCAAAGCAGAGGUUACAGCACAAUUCUGUCACUCAACGAUUUUCCUUCUGCGAGCCAGCUAAUCCCCUCUACCGUCCCAGACUCUGGCCGCGAGGUUCGAGAGGCACCGGAGCCCCCACUGACCACCAACGUCACCCCGGUUAUCAUAGAAGAUCCGAACGAUAGGGACUUCGAGGGAGUCGUGGAUGACGACCCAGAACUCAUAUCGUACAUCCGGCAAUUCAAGCUGCAUCCUCCGGCCACUCAUGAAAAUUACAAUCUUAGAGAUCCUCAAAAGGUUGAUUAUUCGCGAUACAAGCAAUCGGCAAAGAUUGAUAAGAUCCUCAAGAAUAUGACAAGUGGAUUCUUCGUUGAGGUCAACGCCGGCGACGGCGAAUACAAGAGCCAGAGCCUGUUCUUCGAGCUGCAGCGCAACUGGACCGGGCUGCUGGCUGAGCCAGAUGUGGCGGAGUUUGCCGAAAUGAAGACCAAGAACAGGAGGGCCUUCUCAAUCAAUGCAUGUGUCUCGCUCUCGCCCACAUGCACGAAUAAGAAUUUUGCGAUCCAAAACAAGACCUAUCACAGAAGCGCCAGAAAGUUCAUGAGGAUCCAGUGUUUUCCCCUUUACUCGCUCCUGCUUGCUCUCAACAGAACCACGAUCGACCUGCUUUCACUCUCAGUAGGCGGGGAUGAGCUGAAGGUUCUGCGAACAAUCCCGUGGCACAAAAUGCAGAUCCGCCUUCUGGAGGUGCAGGUCGACGAUCCGGAGGGCGAGGAGGCCGUCGAGGAUUUAAUGGCAAAGGUCGGGUACACUUACCUCGGCCGGUGCUGGGUCGACCGCGUGUUCGUAAAAACGGAACUGCUCGACACGGUGCACAGGAUUUUGACAUAUUGACGAUUUUCUGACCUGAUCUUAGCCUAAUAUCGCUAAGCAACACACGCACAUGUAUGUGUACGUACAUACAUAAUUAUGUGUGUGUGUGUGUGUGUGUGUGUGUAUCA